CUCGUCGGUGCUAAUAGUUUUUAUUAGUGUGUCAUCCGGUGUAUCUACGUGUGGAAAUAUAUUUUUCACGUAUUAGGCCACUGUAAAGAGUCAACUUGGGAUUUACUCGUAGCUCCUGCAGAAACUCUUAAGAAACAUAAUUAUUUUCUUUCGAACGAUAUAUGAUACAAUGGCAUAUGGGUCAUCUAGUUUCGAGAAACUUACCGAAUGUCGCUAUUGUUAAAUUGCAUAAAAAUAUUGUCACGCGCUGCACCUUAACCUAGGAAAAACGUGUCAGGCAAGUGCGUAUGGUGUGUGUGUGAUUUGGUUGUGGGAAAGAAUAUUGGGUUAAGAAAUUCUUGAAGUGAAAAGGAGCGUUAUAUCUUCUUCCAAACAGAAUCAAGCACAAUGGGAGAACGGAAAGGAACAAAUUUGUACUACCCACCGGACUAUGAUCCGCGUGCUGGUGGCCUCAAUAAGUUUCUGGGCACUCAUGCAUUGCGUGAGCGAGCCCGUAAGCUUCAUAUGGGCAUUUUAAUCAUACGAUUUGAAAUGCCUUAUAAUAUAUGGUGUGAUGGAUGUGGAAACCACAUUGGUAUGGGUGUCAGAUAUAAUGCGGAGAAAAAGAAGAUUGGAAUGUACUUUAGCACACCGGUCUAUCAAUUUCGUAUGAAAUGUCAUCUCUGUGACAAUCACUUUGAGAUAAAAACUGAUCCCGCAAAUUUAGAUUAUGUUAUAGUAAGUGGUGCAAGGCGUCAAGAAAACCGAUGGGAUCCUAAAGAAAAUGAACAAGUUGUGCCUGAGACAAAAGAAGUAUCGUGUAGAUUAUAUGACGAUGCCAUGUACAAGUUGGAGCAUGGUUUAGAAGAUAAGAAAGUAGCCACGUCUCGAGAUUCUGCAUUGAAAAAUGCAAUAGCUUUGAAUGACACUCUGUGGAAAGACGAUUAUAGCUCAAACUGUGCAUUGAGAGCGUUAUUUCGAGAGAAGAGAAGGGAUCUCAAAAGAAAGCAAUCUGUAGAUUCUGCACUAUUGAAGAAGACUGGAUUGGAUAUCGAUUUAGUUCAGGAACAUGAAAAUGACAUCAAAUUAGCCAAAUCACUUACUCACAAAAGAGACAUAAAGAAGAAGAAGAAGAGAGAUGCAGGACUUGAACUAUUAGUUUCGAUUGUACGAUCCAAGAAUAAUUCAAAGAAGAUGCCUUGCCCAAGUAGUAGAUUAAAAUUACAGAAUCAGGAGUCGCCAAAAGUGCAAGACGUCGUAGAUAAUGCGACUACCUCGAAAGCAACCAGCAGUUCAUCUCUAGUGAAUUACGACAGUUCCAGUACUGAUAGUGAUACUUAAUACUUUGUAUAUUUAUCAAGCUACAUAUGUACAUUUAUUUUGCGUAUUAAUAUAUCGCGGAAUGUUCCAAUA